GUUGGCUACAAAUUGAGUGCUCGCGCGUCUUUAUCAAUGAAGUAGUAAAGACAGCUGGGCUACAACACAACACCAGAGAAAAUAGAAUAAUACCGAAACUUGAAUUUCUCCCUACCUCAUAUUAUUUGGAUUGUAUUUGUUAUUCACUGUGAGUGUCACUUCAGCUGGGACUUGGAGCAGAAAUCAGAAAAACCGACUCAAAAUGAAAUGCGUUAUAGGAAUUGGCGGGUAAGUUAUUAGUUGUCGUUAAAAAGUAUGUUUAUUAUAUAAUACACGUAUAUUUUGAUUAGUAGACAUUUAUGAACUCAUUAGUUGACAUCAAAAGUCUAAACAAUAACACAUGCAAUGUUACUUACUUAGCAUGCUAGUUGGCAAGGGGGUUAGCUACCUCUCAAAGUAGAUUUUCUCGUCAGCUAAGUUUUUUAUUUUUUUAAAUUAAAAAAUAGGUAAGAAUCCAGGCAACUUUAGGCUAAUUGUAUUAACGCCAUGUAUUGUACUAACGUUAAGUAGUUAACCGGAGACUUGGUUGUAGCAAAUCCCUUGGCACGUUUGUAUGUUGUCAUAGUCGGGCGGGAGAUUUAAAAUUCCAGCGCGGACUUUCACAUUGAACAUUGGAGGGAGUCUUUUUGAAAUUUGCAAACGUGAGAGUCAUACGCCUUGCUGGCAACUUGUAUUCUAAAUGUUUAUUAAGCUGGCAAAAAGAAAUAGUCAUGCUAUGUAUAUAAUGUAACAUUUUACUUGGCUGAAUAUCAGGCUAGAUACCGCUAGAUGUGGGACUGGCAACGUUUCGAGUUGUUUUCGAAGCUAACUUCUGACUAAAUUCAGAGAUACACUUACCUAGCUAGUUAUACCAUUAUUUUUUUUUGUUUGAUUGCCAACUUAUUCAGAGUAGCUAACAUUAGCUAGCUAAAAUAGCAAGGUAAUCAAUGUGCCCAGUUCUGCCACAAUGGCUAGGUUACUAGCUAGCUAUGAUGGGAACCUCAAAAUUCUGCAUGUAAUGUUGACUGCUAUUUAAGUAACUUACUGUAACAAUACCUCCAAGGUAUACUGAUGAGUGUUGUAUAGACUGCUCAGACGUUCAAUGCACGGACGCCUUGCUAAAUCGCAUGUCAUGUUUAUCUAUUUUCAGUGUGACCAAUGGUGGGAAAACCACAUUGACAAAUAGGCUGAUCAAGUCACUACCUAACUGUUGUGUGGUGCAUCAAGAUGACUUUUUCAAGGUAAACUUAGUUUUCUGCUACAACAUAUGUGGCUAUACAGUGAUGUAUUUGCAUGACCUUGCUAAGGGAAGGGCAAAUAUCCAAAACACUCACAACAUUAACCAAUAGCCAUGAUGUAUGCCAUCUACGUCACCUGUCCAUAACUUUUUAUUAGGUCUGCAUAGUAUGCUGUAAAUUAACCUAGCACUGACAUGAUGCAUAGCCUUAGACUCCUCCCUCAGUCUUAUCUUUGACACACUCCUUGCUUAUUGCCUUCCUAAUUUCUUGAAUUACAAACUAUGUAUGCAUUGAACUGUACAUAAUCAUAACUUCUGAUUAACUCACUGCUCUAUGCUUUGUUUCCAGUGUUUUAUUGAUGACUCACUGUAUGCAAAGCUACUGGUUAUAUAUGGUUUCUCAAUGCUAUUUUGCAUGUUAUUAUCCCCUGCAUGCUUUGGCUGGGUGUGCCCGGCUUGCCGUGUUCAGCAUGUAAUAAGAUCUGCCCGUAUACAUAUCAGCCUGCAGUUGCAGCAAUGUUUUAUUGGUGACUGUUAUUUCAGAAACCUGAUCAGAUAGAAGUCGGGGAGGACGGCUUUAGACAGUGGGAUGGUAAGCCUGGAUUUCGCUGUAGGAGACGCAUAACUGAUCAUUGUACUUGUCCCUUAGGGUAACAAAGCAUCCCUCAAAAUUGCAUAUUUGAUAGUACAUGCAUGAAUAGUAAUACUACACUAGAGCACAAUUCCCAUUAAACAAGACUGAACACAUUUCUUCAUCCAGGUGUGUCCCUUUUUUGCUAAACUUAUUUCCCCUCUGCCUUUCUCUGUUCUAUGCAGUGAUCACAGCGUUGGACAUGGAGUCCAUGGUGAACACGAUUCGAGGCUGGACUGAGAACCCAGUGAAGUUUGCCCACUCCCACGGUGUCAACGUGUCCCCUUCCACAGAGGUUGCCGACCCAGAGCAGCAGAUCCACAUUCUGAUCGUGGAGGGCUUCCUUCUGUACAACUACAAGUGAGUUCAACUGCUAACUGGAAAUGUACUAGCUAACGUGAGUAAUCAGCUGGUUUGUGCAACGUGUAAAAAUAAUUUGGGCCAUGGUGUAUUCAAAUUGCUUGCAAGCAUUAGUUGUCAUAGGAAUAGGGGACAAGCUGUCUCAAAUUUGGAUUCGAAGAGUUGUAUGACAAAUAUUUGGACUAGUGUCCGUUCAAGUGACAUGUGGGCUGUGCUGGCAGCUAGUUAGAGCAUGCUUUUCUCACUAAUACACAGGGCUGUGUUUACACAGGCAGCCCAAUUCUGAUCUUUUGCCAGUAAUUGGUCUUUUGACCGAUCUGAUAUUUUGCCAAUAUUUGGGUUAAGUUCAGAAUUGGGCUGCCUUUGUAAACUGCUGUAGAGGCUGGUCCUGCAGUGCAGGUAAGGGUGUCAACUGAAUGAGGCACUCGGUGCUGUUGGAUGAUGUGUUCUCCAGAAGUGUGCGAUCUCCAUUAUGGGGCUCCAGAAUGCAGAUGGACUUCUGAGAACCUCAGAAUUGUACAUUGGUGUAGAACUAGAAGUUACCUUGUUCUGUCAUGUUUCCCCAGGCCCCUGAUGGACGUGUACAACAAGUGCUACUACAUCUCCAUUCCAUACGAAGAGUGCAAAAGGAGGAGAAGGUGGGAAUGGGGAGACUUCAGAUCACUAACAUUCAUAUGUAGCUAUAGUAUGGUGGCCGUUCUGUCUGAAAAGAAAUGACAAAUCUCCUUUAUUUUAAAUUGAAAGUUGUGCUAAAUUCAUAUUUUUGUUUCCUUUUUAGUACAAGACAAUACACCGUCCCUGACCCCCCUGGCCUGUUUGAAGGCCAUGUGUGGCCCAUGUACUUGAAGCACAGGAAUGAGAUGGUUGAGAGCUGUUUAGACAUUGGUAUUUACACGUUUGGCUCCUUUUUCAUUUGUCAGUGAGAGUUAUUGAAUUUCAGCUAUGCAAUUAGGUUUCUGUAGCCAUUUUGGUGGUACUAGCUAGUAGCUACGACUUCUCUUUGGCAAAUGUCCUGAUCGAGCUUUACAUUUUGCUAUAGCGUAUCUGGAUGGUUUGAAAUCAAAGGAAGAUCUCUACAGCCAGGUGUAUGAGGACAUCCAGAAUACACUGUUGAAUCGUUUAUAGGUAAGAGGUGACAAUGGUGUGUUUUGACUUAUGUCCUCUAACAGUGUUGACGCUAAAUUGAGUGUGGUUAUCUAACUUUACCUUUUCUGUUUUAUACAGCAGGAACUCAAUCUCCAAACCUGUAUAGACCUGUAAAUAGCACCAAGACUGAAGAUGUCGUUUUUUUAAAUUAAAGCAUUCUUUUUUUAAAUUGUAUUCCUUAUUCUGUUGAUAGUAUUGAAGGAAUGUUAACUUAUGUUUUACAGAAUAAUCAUUUCUGUUUGUUUUCUUAUCUAAUCUCUUGUUACUCCAUUACUUCUGUUAAUUAAACCACUGCCUAGUAUCAGAGGUAGAGGGUUUACUCUUACAAAAAUCUGCCCAUGAAAAUUUUUUUGUAUGGAGGCCACAAAAAAAUAGGGUUUGCUAAAUCUCCAAAUAAGGCUUAUUUGAUCAAUUAGAAGUUUCAUGGUUAGUUGUUUUGAAUGCACUGAUAUGUGGACACAUGGCAUUUUGUUAGCUUUGAGAAAAACAAAUCUUUAAAUCGGAGUUGUGCCUGUACAUCUGCCCUCUCAUUGGCUAGAAU